AUAAACCCUCAUCUUCACACACCACAACACACUUAAGUGCGUGUACAUAAUAAAGAAAAAACCCUCCUGCCACCACAUGAUGGCUUCAUCCACCACCACCACCCCUCUCAUUCUCCAUGAUGACCCUGAAAACCUCCCAGAACUCACCGGAUCUCCGACAACUCGUCGUCUAUCCAUCGCAAAAGUGCUUUCGGGGAUCCUUGUUUCGGUUCUAGUUACAUGUGCUCUUGUUGCUUUAAUCAACAACCAAACAUAUGAACCACCCGCGGCCACCACAUUCGCAACUCAGUUGCCAAAUAUUGAUCUGAAGCGGGUUCCAGGAAAGUUGGAUUCGAGUGCUGAGGUUGAAUGGCAACGAUCCGCUUAUCAUUUUCAACCCGACAAAAAUUUCAUUAGUGAUCCUGAUGGCCCAAUGUAUCACAUGGGAUGGUACCAUCUAUUCUAUCAGUACAACCCUGAAUCUGCCAUCUGGGGCAACAUCACAUGGGGCCACUCGGUAUCGAAAGACAUGAUCAACUGGUUCCAUCUCCCUUUCGCCAUGGUUCCUGACCAUUGGUACGACAUCGAAGGUGUCAUGACGGGUUCGGCUACAGUCCUCCCUAAUGGUCAAAUCAUCAUGCUUUACACGGGCAACGCGUACGAUCUCUCCCAAGUACAAUGCUUGGCAUACGCUGUCAACUCGUCGGAUCCCCUUCUUAUAGAGUGGAAAAAAUAUGAAGGUAACCCUGUCUUGUUCCCACCACCAGGAGUGGGCUACAAGGACUUUCGGGACCCAUCCACAUUGUGGUUGGGCCCUGAUGGUGAAUAUAGAAUGGUAAUGGGGUCCAAGCACAACGAGACUAUUGGAUGUGCUUUGAUUUACCAUACCACUAAUUUUACGCAUUUUGAAUUGAAAGAGGAGGUGCUUCAUGCAGUCCCACAUACUGGUAUGUGGGAAUGUGUUGAUCUUUACCCAGUGUCCACCGUACACACAAACGGGUUGGACAUGGUGGAUAACGGGCCAAAUGUUAAAUACGUGUUGAAACAAAGUGGGGAUGAAGAUCGCCAUGAUUGGUAUGCAAUUGGAAGUUAUGAUGUGGUGAAUGAUAAGUGGUACCCGGAUGACCCGGAAAAUGAUGUGGGUAUUGGAUUAAGAUAUGAUUUUGGAAAAUUUUAUGCGUCCAAGACUUUUUAUGACCAACAUAAGAAGAGGAGGGUCCUUUGGGGCUAUGUUGGAGAAACCGAUCCCCAAAAGUAUGACAUUUCAAAGGGAUGGGCUAACAUUUUGAAUAUUCCAAGAACCGUCGUUUUGGACACAAAAACCAAAACCAAUUUGAUUCAAUGGCCAAUCGAGGAAACCGAAAACCUUAGGUCAAAAACGUACGAUGAAUUUAAAGACGUGGAGCUUCGACCCGGGUCACUCGUUCCCCUUGAGAUAGGCACAGCCACACAGUUGGAUAUAGUUGCGACAUUCGAAAUCGACCAAAAGAUGUUGGAAUCAACGCUAGAGGCCGAUGUUCUAUUCAAUUGCACGACUAGUGAAGGCUCGGUUGCAAGGGGUGCGUUGGGACCGUUUGGUGUGGUGGUUCUAGCCGAUGCCCAACGCUCCGAACAACUUCCUGUAUACUUCUAUAUCGCAAAAGAUAUCGAUGGAACCUCACGAACUUACUUUUGUGCCGAUGAAACAAGAUCAUCCAAGGAUGUAAGCGUAGGGAAAUGGGUGUACGGAAGCAGUGUUCCUGUCCUCCCAGGCGAAAAGUACAAUAUGAGGUUAUUGGUGGAUCAUUCGAUAGUGGAGGGAUUUGCACAAAACGGGAGAACCGUGGUGACAUCAAGAGUGUAUCCAACAAAGGCGAUCUACAACGCUGCGAAGGUGUUUUUGUUCAACAACGCGACUGGGAUCAGUGUGAAGGCGUCGAUCAAGAUCUGGAAGAUGGCGAAAGCAGAACUCAAUCCUUUCCCUCUUCCUGGGUGGACUUUUGAACUUUGAUGGUUAGAUUUUGGACCCUAUAUAGUUAUUAUCAUGAAGCAUAAGUUUGGACUGGAGGGGGUAUUAUUGUAAUUUUAUAUGCAUGUUCUAUUACUUGUGAGUUUAUAGUAUAUAAUUAAAUUAUUAUUAUUAAUAUUCAUGUGUUA